GUCCUGCGACAGGGUUGAUGUAUGUUGCUGUGUCGAGUGAUCCCAUGUUGCUACGGAGCUUGUACAACAUCACCAGUCUGUAAUUUUCUCUGCGUCGCUCGAGUGUGGUCCAGUCAAAUUGUCGGAGCAUGAAGGUCACGCUAGAGAUGUUGUGGUACCGAUUUAUGAUGAAUCUAUCAGCCCGUCUUUGUACCAUUUCUAUUUGAUAGAUGUGGUUUACAGGGGAGGGAUCCUACACUGUGACACUGUACUCAACGAGUGGUCUUACUAGAGCUUUGUAGACAGUACUCUUCAGGUCUGGAAUAACCGCCACUCGAGACAAAAAAGAACACAUGCUUUUAUUAUCAAAGGCGAACCAGUCUUUAGACGGAAUCUGCUUCAUUACCAAGAAAACAACCCUUUGGUCAGAAUGUUCCUUUGUGAAUGAAACAAAGUGCAUUGAGCCCGGUACAAAUAUCAGCAUUGACCCAGAUGAUAACCUUAUUUUGGUGACCUACGGACGAGGGAUGUGCAGUGAACCAGCCAAUAUUAAAGAAUCGCCAGAUCUGAAGGAGCCAUCAUUUCCAAGUAGAAAGACAACUUUUCUGACAAUCGUUCUUGGAGUGAUUGCUUCUGCUGGCUUCAUCCUGAUUUCACUGGGUUUGAUGUACUUCUAUGGAGUGUUAUGCUGUGUGAAACUAAAGAAAGACAACGGAAACAACACUCGACCAGAAAGCCAAAUAAUGGACCAGGGAUACUAUGCCGAAAUCGCACAGGAACUUCCAUCUCACGCCUCCAAAUCAGUUACAAGCUACUACAUGAACAUGAAGCCUCUUCCUCGCACCGACAAUGACGACUACGUCAGUCCUAGUUUGACUAGAAAGUCUUCCCCGGCUGUGUACGUUAACAGAGACAUGACAGAUGAAAAUGAGGUAUAAAAAUACAUAAACAAGGAUUAUGUUAGUCCUCGUUUUGCUCGAAAAUAUUUUGGAGCUGUGUCAUCAUCAUCAUCAACUUCAGGUGGCGCUGUAAAGCGCUGCUGUGGUCUUCACGAGAGCAAGCAAUACAACCCUUUCAUCUGCCAUUUGUGUUGCACCUUUCAUCGCUUGUCCAGACACGUUCUUGAUAUCAUCAGUCCAAGAUAUUGGUGGACUACCUCUACCCCGUUUUCCUUCGGGCUGUGUAUAUAAAUACAAACAAAAAGGCGUCUAAAAACAAAUUCGGUGAUCAUAAAUAUAUCAAUACCCUGCCCACAGCACAAGAAGAUGAUGAUAAAACAACGAAUACAUAUAUAGAAAUGCAGCCCAUAUCGCCAAUGCCGUCUCUGUAACAUAUUUCGUCAACAAUAAAGAAAAGCGUUACGCUGGGUACAUCUAAAGUCAUGUUUGAAUAAUGCCAAAUUAGAAACAAUAUACAAAUAAAAAAAAAAUGUUUUGACGACGGAUAGUCAACCUGUUCCAAACGUCGAGCCACUCCCGCCACUCAUCCUCUCCGAGCGCUAUAGUUCUCCUUAGAACUAAAAGCUAAGAAAGGUAACUAACAGUCUGUUUUCAAGACUACCCCAACAGGCGGUUUCAGGACUACACACCCUCAAGAAAGAUUACUGAGAUUCCUAUACAGGAUUCCUCAACCCCCCCCCCCCCUCUCUAACAUGGUGCACCCGCAAGCCUACUGUUUUAAUCCGAUAAUGUCGAAUCUUUUCUCAGAAAAAAGGAAAAUUUCAUCGUCACAAAAUUGUGUGGAUCGAAGUUUGUGAAGGUCUGUAUAGGGUUUUAUCGUUGUAUAAAAGGAAAAAAAAAUACUUAGAUACUUUCACAUCUACACAUAUCGUCGGUGGGGUGACAAAACCUCGUAUCUCAAUUUGUUGAGAUUUUGAUUUUUGUUGCAUAAUUUUGUAGCUAAUGGCCUACGACACCACCUGGUAAA